AUGUCGCCAGGCUACUACGGGGCACUGGAGUCAUGGGUACCCCACAUAAAGCACGCAUCCAAGAGUCUCCAUGCAGUCGGUUCCAGGCUUGGUGUACUAAGCUGGACCCUCUUACAUACAGCCCAUGAGUCCUCACUGCAAGCUACGGUCGAUGAACAAGCCGGCUAUCUGAGAAUCCGUGGCAAGAUUCUUGAUGUCAUCGACUCGAUGGGAAUGGCGACCAACAUUAACCUUACCAAAUUAUGUGAGCAACCUGACCUAGAGACAUUCAUGAUAGAAUCCUUGGGGAAAUACGCCUUAGAAGUCCACCGGUGGCUGAAGGACUGUGAAUCUAUCGCGAAAGUCGGGAAUGAUACCAAUCAACUAGCAUAUGACGGCGAGAACAACGCAUUCAUCGAAGCCAUAUGCGAAGCCAAAACCACUACUGAGGUGCAAGAGGAGGUAGAGAAGAUAUUCAAGUUGCCUCUUUCCCAAGAUAUAAAUGGUAUCCUAGUUGAAAACAUGUGCCGACGAUUUGCCUCUUGCAGGAAAGGAGCUGUGGGAUGGGUGCCAAAGUGCGCAAAUGUAGGAGACGUUGUCUGUGUUUUCAAUGGAAUGAGCAUACCGCUGGUCGAUGAGGGCUAUGUAACGGGGCUCUUAGUGGGCGAAGCCAUGAAGUUAACGGAUUUUGAGGCGAGACAUAUUGUACUGGAAUAA